AUGACGAGAGUUUUAGCUUACAUCUUACGUUUCGUUCAGAAUGCAAAGUCAAAAUCAGUCUCUAAAAAUAAACUUAAUUAUAUUACAACUCAGGAACUUGAUCUGUCAUUGUCAAUGAUUCUAAAAUAUGAACAAGAAAAAUAUUUGUCAGAAGAUAUUCAUGCCUUAAAAUGUAAGAAAACAAUUGUUAAAGGUCAUUUCUUAAUAGGAACUGCUUUAAAUACUUAUCCUGAGCCCAAUGUAAACAUAACAAAACAAUCUCAAUUUUGGAAAACUUGUAAUGAAAUAAAAAUGUCGUUCUGGAAGGUUUGGAGUAAGCACUAUUUAAAUUUGUUACAAUCUCGCCCUAAGUGGCAAGACAUUCAACCUAAUGUAAAGGUAGGAGCAUUGGUGAUCCUAAGGGAUGACAAUUUGUCACCACUAUACUGGCCCCUAGCCAGAGUCAUAAAUACCUACCCUGGUAAAGAUGGAAAAGUGAGAGUAGUUGAAGUCAAAACUGCUAACGGCCACACACAUAAAAGAGCUGUAAUGAAAGUUUGUGUUCUACCGCUGGAAUGCAGUGGUGCUGGCUAA